UACACUUUGACCCAGGAAGUCGGCCAUUUUAGGUUUUAUUUUUGCUGAAUGGACUCACUCAUUUCAUCUGCUGCAAUCCUUCUUCUGUUGAUGCCUUGGAAAGCAUCGUCUCCUCACAGGUUGCGUUCUCAGCCUCUCUGGUUGGGGGAGGUAACCCAAAAAAUAUCGGACCAUUUCUUAUGUCAACGACCUUGGUCUUCAGACACGUCCCCACCAACAUCGGAAAGAUCUACAACCCUCCACAGCCUGACUGUAUAAAAGGACCUCCACCAUAACCAGAUGAUCUGAAGCUGCAUCCCGACGGGAAACAACGCCAUAACCCGACAAGAUGAAGACCUCUGGGAGUUUGAUGCUGUUGCUGCUGCUCGGCUCCGUCUCCGCAAAUAAAACUUCUCAAAACAAACCGACUUCUCCUCAGGACCUCUACGCUGCUCUGAGGGGAAUGUACGCCUCGCUGGUCCAGCUGAAGGCCGACAUGGCUACAG